GAAGAAGACUCGACGCAGCAGCAAACAACCAGAAUUUCGCCAUGGGAAGAAGACCGGCUAGAUGUUACCGACAGAUCAAGAACAAGCCAUAUCCCAAAUCUCGUUACUGUAGAGGUGUGCCUGAUCCCAAGAUUAGGAUCUACGAUGUUGGAAUGAAGAAGAAAGGAGUCGAUGAGUUCCCCUUUUGCGUACACUUGGUCAGUUGGGAGAAAGAGAAUGUCUCCAGUGAGGCACUUGAAGCAGCACGUAUUGCCUGCAACAAGUACAUGACAAAGUUUGCAGGAAAGGAUGCUUUCCACUUGAGGGUUAGGGUUCAUCCUUUCCAUGUUCUUCGUAUCAACAAGAUGCUUUCAUGUGCUGGAGCUGAUAGGCUUCAGACUGGUAUGAGAGGUGCCUUUGGAAAACCACAGGGAGUUUGUGCCCGUGUAAGCAUUGGUCAAGUUCUUCUAUCUGUUAGAUGCAAAGAUGGUAACAGUCAGCAUGCUCAAGAGGCUCUUCGUAGGGCUAAAUUCAAGUUCCCUGGUCGCCAAAAGAUUAUUGUCAGCAGGAAAUGGGGAUUUACUAAGUUCAGUCGUACUGACUAUGUUCAGUGGAAAUCUGAGAACCGAAUCAUGUCUGAUGGUGUUAAUGCUAAGCUUCUUGGAUGCCAUGGGCCUCUUGCAAAUCGUCAACCUGGAAGAGCUUUCUUAGACGCAUGGAAAUCUGAGAACCGAAUCAUGUCUGAUGGUGUUAAUGCUAAGCUUCUUGGAUGCCAUGGGCCUCUUGCAAAUCGUCAACCUGGAAGAGCUUUCUUAGACGCAGUUGCAUAAAUUUUAUCCCAGGAAGAAAUAACCCUUUUUCUUGUUUUGCUAAAAUGACAUUUUAUAAUCGUGUUUUGUUUUUCCCUUGUGUUUGGGCUACUGCAAUGCACUGAAAGGAAUUCUUGCUACUUGAACUCGAAUGCACGGUGGUUUGAUUUAUGUAGUCUUUCUUCUGGAUGUUUGUUUGUGUGUGAUUUUUUUACUGUUUCUUUGAAGGCUUAAGUAUUUAUAACAAAUAGUAUGAAAAAAAGGUUGUGCUAAUUUUUUCGUUAUGUAAUGAAGUUAUCUAUUUGUAGGAUAUUUUGUUUCAUAAAUUAGUAACAAACCAAGAAUUACUCA